AGUGUGAUUAAAUGUGGGAGGUAGGAGCUGCGAGGCUGGCGGAGAGCGCUGCUGCCACUGCGAGCUGGAAACUAUUGAAUGGGAAUCUAUCCGGCAACUUCACCAGACGGCUGUCUCACGGCGACACGGGGGCUCUGCGUAAAACCAAGCGGCGCGUCUCCAAGUCUGGGUCAGCCCAACUCACAGACGGAGAGGACGCUGAAGUUGGAUCGGGCGAGCAGAUUUUUACUUGUUUCCGGCGCUCGGCUCCCACUAACAUGCCUGCCAUCAAAAAGGAGAGGCUGGAUGGAGACGACAUGGCAUUGACUGCGUUCAACCAGUCCGAAUACCUGGCCCCUUUAAAUGCCACCUCUAUCCCCGUGGUGACCCCGCAUCCGCCGCCCUACGACCACAUUUUCGCCCAUCACCGCGCGUACUUGGGGCUCCACGACUCGGCGCUGCAUCACCAGCACCUCCACCAUCACACGGACGACUUAAUGCUGGAGAGGUUCUCCUCCAUCCCCGACUUUCAGCCCUUUUUUCGACAACGGGGAGCCGUGCAUCGAGGUGGAGUGCGGGGAAAACAAGGCUUUGCUUUAUAUCAAUAAAUUGUGUCAAGGUAGUAAGGGACCCUCAAUUAAAUACAGGGGCGAGUGGCUUACCCCCAACGAGUUCCAGUUCGUCAGUGGACGAGAGACUGCCAAAGAUUGGAAACGGAGUAUUAGACACAAAGGGAAAAGUCUCAAGACUCUUAUGUCCAAAGGAAUCUUACAGGUGCACCCUCCAAUCUGUGAUUGUCCUGGUUGUCGAAUUUCAUCUCCAGUGAACCGAGGGCGCUUGGCUGAGAAACGCACCAUCCCCCUCCCCCCUAAUCGAGUGCCCAAGAAGGAGCUGGCCUCCAUCUUCAGCAGUGACGACAGUGAAGGCAGCGAGCGGGCCAGUGGGGAUCAUGCCCACAUCAAACAGGAGGACGAGUUGCAUUACAGUAUCAUGAGAAAGAGUCGUGACAGUGACCUCUCUACAAUCAUCUCCAACCUACACCACACCAGACAGCACGGCAUGCCCGAGGGCCAGUCAGCCUCUGACCACAACACCAGUACUGGACACACAGAUGACCUUCUAGGCAAGAGAAGAAGCUUCUCUCCCAACAGCAGCAGCGAGUGUCCCUCUGACAAGAAGUCUCGUAGCGUAUCCCCCAAAGAGAACUCCCAGAGCCCGGUGGUGGAGGCAGGCGGCAGCCACGGCCACAUGAGCCCUGAGGAGCACUACAGGCGUAUGAUGUCAGCGCUCAGCGAGCAAGGGUCCUAUGAGGAUCAGCAGCAACGGCUCUACCAGCUGGCGAGCAGCAUGGGUCUGCCCGGCCACGGUCAGUCCACAGGCUCUGUAUUUGUAGACUUGCUGCGUGCUCGCCAGGAGGCGUUGGCUGCAGCGGUUAGGAAUCCAGCGGCCUUAGAAGCUCACCUGCCUUCUGCGGGCAGCUCCUCUUCAUCCAGCCAGAGACGCAAACAGGGUCUGCCGCAGCACCGGGACGCACAUUACACUGACAGAGAACUGUCCCACCCUCCACCCCUACUGUCCCCUCCAACUGCCCCUCACAUCGCCUUAGGACAUCACCUGCGGCCUCCUUUCCUGGGCAUGCCCUCUGCUCUUUGCCAGGCCCCUGGUUAUGGUUUCCUCCAACCAGCUCAAGCUGAGCUCUUUGCUCGGCAACAGGAGAUGCUAAGGAAGCAGAAUCUGGCCAGACUUGAGAUGUCAGCUGAGCUGCUGAGACAGAAAGAGUUGGAAAGUCUCCACCAGCGACAACAGCAGCAGCGUCUUCUGGGCUCCGACACUUUGGGAGUUCUGCCUUCCGGCCUGCCCCCCGACCAUCCAGCCCUGCGGAGCCUCCACGACAUCCCAGAGGGCCAUCCGCUCCGUGAGGAACUGGCCCGCCGCUCAAAUGCAAUGCUAGUGCUUCGCCAUGGGGCUGCCACACCCCUCCUAACCCUCAACCACCACCAGCAUCAACAACCAGGGCCACCCUCCACACCCAAAGAAACCCAGGCACAGAGAUCCACCGCUGGGCUAGAUGCCGAAUCCAGGAAGGCCCCCCGCAGGGCCCCCCAGACACAGCUCCAUGCUGAGGAUUCCACAGGAGGAAGAGAGGACAGAGGAAGGGAGGGAGACAGAGAGGUGCAGGAUGAGGAGAUGAAGGACUCGGACAGUGAGACAGAGAUGUGUGAGGAGAGGCAGGACAGUGUCAGGGUCAAAUCCAGCAGUAAACCCAGGGACAGGGAGAGAGACGGGGGUAAAGAGACUGGCAGCAAGGGAGUGUGUAACAGUGCCAAGGAGACUGGAGAGAGCUCCGGCAGGCUGAGCGCCACUUGUAGUUCGGCAGGUACAGAGUCACCCAGUCGCCACCUCUUCACCCCUGGACUGGGCAAGGCUGACGUCAAGUACCACCUGCCACCUGGGUUCAUGCCACCGCUGCCUGCUCUUCACACCCAGUCACUGCCCAUUGGAUUCCCCUACGCCAACCCCUACUUUCACACGGGCUCCGUGGGAGGUCUCUUCAUGGAUGGGGAGGACUCAGCCACAGCAAACCCUGUGGAGGACAUCAGCAAGUGGAGUGUGGAGGACGUGUGUGGCUUCAUAAGCAGCCUGGCCGGAUGUGCUGAAUACACACAGGUGUUUCGGGAGCAGGCCAUUGAUGGAGAGACAUUACCGCUGCUCACUGAGGAGCACCUGCUCAACACCAUGGGACUAAAGCUGGGGCCUGCGCUCAAGAUCCGCUCACAGGUGGCACGGCGUGUGGGCAGACUUUUCUACAUGACUGGCUUUCCACUGGCGUUCCCGUUUCCACCUUCUGCCGCACUGCGCCCCCCAGAACGUGAUCGGGACCCCCUGACCACAGCAUCUGACACCCCCCUUCCUCUCUCUCUGUCCCUGCCCCACAGACCCACCUCAACCAGCAGCAGCUCCUCUCCGUACAGCGGCCCCACCCCAGGGUGCUCUUCCCCCAAGCAAGAAAACGGUAACGGCUCCACGGUAGUGGGAAGAUACGAGGCUAAAACUCCUUCGUAGGAGAGGACAAGCAGGUGUGAGGAGGGUAGACCUGCAUAAAACUAACCUGACCUAGAGGUUGCUUAUUUACCAGACUCUCCCCACCUUGCAACCUUUACGCUGAAAUUUAGUGGAAAAUAUUGGACUGGAAUAAAAGACAACUGAACCGUAUCUGACAAACCAAUCAGCUUCUGAGUUCCUCUGCAGUUGCUGUAGCUGAGCAGAAUCCAAACCAACUGGGUUGGAAGGGAGACACGUGAAGCGACAGAAACAGAGAAUGAGAAAAAAAAAAAAAAAAAAAAGAGGAAAGGAGACAGCUGGUCGCAGACAGCCUGCCAAAAAAAAAAAAAAAAGGAGCGAAGUCCUGCCACAAAUACGAAAUUCUUGCAAGUCAGACAGUCAGACGCUAGCGGAAACUCUUCCUUCCUUUCUGGGCUGGAGGAAGCUCUGCUCACUUACUUUCUUUCUCUUGUCUCUCGGACUGCUCUCACCACAAGCCCUGCACAACCCAGGAAUAAAAAAAAAAAAAAGAGACGCCGCUCCCCUUUUUUCUUCUCCCCUCGCCUGUUUCCCCGAGGCCAAACAGCAGUGUGGAGCAGCCUUUUUAAGAGGCUGGAGUUGAAGCAUAUGCUGAGCAGCACCAGAUCUGUCCCUUUUAUCACUGCAACUAUGCAUUCCACUGUCCCGAUACCAAAGAUGACCGGAUGUGUGGAAUUGAAAUCAUGUUUCAUAACCUGCUUCUUUUUGCAUUAAUGGUCUCAGAGAAAGACUGGUCCAACAGGGAAAUGCUAGGCUAGUGCCUCACAUUAUGGACUGUAUUUGAGUGACACAGGUAGAGCUGUCAUUUACAGACAUACAAAUGCUUAAAAAUGUUGAAGUGAAAAAGCCUCAAUGGCGGCUAUGGUGUGGCUUACGUCAUUGAAUACUUGUGUUGACUACUGUGGGAGGUAGGAAAAACAUGCAAAAUUUGUACAGAAUCAUGCUUAAGAUGAAAAUAUCCUGAAGGUUAACAUACGUGGUACUUUUACUUUUUGUUAAAUGUAGUUGCACGAAUAAGAUUUUCUUUACUGACAAAAUGUGACUUUCUGAACUUUGGUGGUACUUUUGUUCAUACUCUUAUUCUGCCAUUUUUUUUUAUGUGUAAUAUUAAGACGCUCCAAUCUUGAAUGCUACUUCAGCAUAUAAAUAUGAGGAAAAAAAUAUUUAUAGGACUUUUGAUGUAGUAGAUAAAGCAGAUUGAUAUGUAUUAUAAUUAGCCCUUAAGACGGAUUCCAAAGAUACUUUUACUUUGUUUUAUCUUGGUUGCAGGGAAAAGAAAUGAACAAAGCUCUUAAUGCAAAUGUUUUAAAUUUGUUAUGGAUUCUUUUUUUUCUUAAACUACGCAAGCAAGCAAUUAAAUGGUCUCUAGAUUUCCCUUCAAAAGUUUUGUCUUCAUCCUAUUUUUCUAUUCACCACACAGGUGAAAUAAAUCCUAAAGAAAUGCC